UAUGGCCAAGGUAAAUUACAAAAUAAUUGUAAUUUUGUGGUUAAACUAUCCAUUUAAGUUCUGGUAAUAGAGCAAUACUUCCUGUUCCGAGAACCCAUUUCCUGCGGACUGUAAUUAAAUGUCACUGAAUCAACAAAUCACUAAGUUUACCUGAAAAUUACAGGCAGGUGUGGAAAUAAACUCAGCAGGAAGUCGAGGAAUGAGUAACCAUGAACUACAGGAAACAGGCUCUUUUGUGGAAGUUAUAAAAUAAAAUUUUAAUUAGUCUUAUAAUAAUUGUAUAAGUAGCACAUAGAUUAUUUAACUUUAGAACCAAUAUAGCCUACAUUUAGCUGCAAAGAUAUUUUGUUGUAUCAAAUUAAAUUGUAUUAUUUAUUUAUUUUUUUCAUCCUUUAUCCAGAGUUCAUUGGCUGAAAAGGAUUCACCAGACAAACACAUUACUAACAAAUGAGUUCCAAUAUAAAUAUAACAAUAAAAUAUUCUGGAUUUUAGUUAAUAUUCACUUCAAUAGCAUCAGGGAUACAAUUUGAAUGAUACACAAAUCAGCUUGAUGUACUCAACCAUAGCAUAAUACCUGAAUCCGUACUAAAUAAUAUAGAAUGUCCAUGUACACACACACACAAGACAAACACUUGCUUCUUAUCUUUCCAGUAAGUUUAACAUGAAAAGAUUAUUAUAGUGUUAUUGGGGGCUUCAUAUACCCCAUAUAGAGCAGUUAUGACAACUUCCUGUGUUCUUCUCACUGACUGUUCCCAAGGUUGCCAAGAGAUAUUGUUUGAUGAGCCUCAGUGUUGCAGAUUAUGCUCUGAAUUGAUUAAAUUUCCGCUGUUUUGAGUCAUCACACCCAUCACAUAGUCUAAACACACAGUCACAAUGUCUAGGACAGAGGUGAAAGAUGCUUAACAGAUACUUUGAGUGAAACUGGGGAGACACAAAAUGCUGAAGAUCCUUAUUUUUCUACGUUGUAAAGGUCAGUAUUUUUAUUUUAUUUAUUAUUAUUUUAAACACAAUAUUUCACAUCAGGCAUGUGUUUAAAAGCUAGUUUUUAUUUUUAUUAUUAUUAUUUUUUUUAUUUAUACUUUUUUUUUUGUCAUAUAAAGACCACAUUAAAACUACAUUGGAAACUUUUCCAAUGCUUUAAAAUUCAUUUUGCAGUUUUUCAAUGCCCUUAAUGUAUUGAUCUUAUUGCUUUACACUUGUCCCAAACACUUGUUUAGUCUUAAAAUAUGAAAAUCCAUUAUGAAAUGGAUGAUUAAAACUAUUAUAAUCUAAAGGCUUAAUUAAAUCAAAAUAAUUAUUAUAUUUAUUGCAUGGAAAUGACAUAAAAAUAUGACUCUCCCACAGUUGUGGUAUCAUUUCACCCCAUUUAUUUUAUUUUAUUUUUUAAGUUGGUGGACUUUAAGUAGUACUACUUUUAUUUAGCAUCUUAAAUUGUAUCUGAAAAUAUUGUUUAAUAUUGUAUUGUUAGGAUCAUUUAAAUCCAAGUUUUGAAUAAAAAAUAUUUUUUUUUACAUUCAUUUGCAGAAUAAGAAAAGCUAGUUAAAGCUGAUUAAAAAGUAAAAGCUCAUAAAAUUAAUUACAAGGUAUAUGUCAUGGUAUCUUACGAAAUCACUUUUUAUGCAUUGCUCUUUGGAUUUGCUUUACAUUGGUUAAAACCAUUUCUUUAGAGUUCUCUACAUGAUCAUUUUAUUUAAAAACGUUAUUAAAGGUUUUUCAUCAAUAUUAACCUCUGACAAUGACAAGAGCAAAGCUGUGUUCCUAUUCUUUUCACCUUAUUGACUUCUGCUGUUUCGGUUCCCUGCAGUGUUUCUAGCACCUGUUGACCAUCUGUGAGGUACGGACUAAUGGCCAAGUUGAACUACCAGCUUCUCUUAUCAGUCUACAUCCUCACCUUCCUGAUCGGCCUUCCCGCCAACAUCCUAGCGUUCUUUACCUUCCUUCGAAAGGUUCACCGCAAGCCAACCCCCAUCGACAUUCUCCUGCUAAACCUGACAAUAUCUGACCUCAUCUUCCUCGCGGUCCUGCCGUUCAAGAUGAAGGAGGCCACUGACAACUUGAACUGGAGCCUGCCAUAUUAUCUGUGCCCCAUUAGCAGUUUCCUCUUCUUCUCCACCAUCUACACCAGCACGUUAUUUCUGACCGCGAUUAGCAUAGAGCGCUACUUAGGUGUUGCGUUUCCAAUCCGAUACGCUCUAGGCCGCCGUCCACGCAACGCUGUGAUAGCAAGCGGCUUCCUCUGGCUUCUGGGAUCUCUGAACCUCAGCAUCGUCUACAUUGUACCAUACAUACCCUCAAGUGAUAAUUCGAGCCACAGCAAGCUGCAACCCAAUCCCCACGUGACAAUCUGCUACGAUAACUUCACCGUCGAACAGCUGAACAUUCUACUUCCUGCUCGUCUGGAGCUUUUUGUCGUGCUUUUCUGUAUACCCCUCCUCAUCUGCUGCUUCUGCUAUAUAAACUUCAUACGAAUCCUCUCCAAUCUGCCUCAUCUUGGACGACGUCGUAGACUGAGGGCCAUUGGGUUGGCGGUGGGGACGCUGUUGGUUUUCACCGUCUGUUUUAGCCCAUAUAACGUCUCGCACGUGGUUGGUUUCAUUCACGGUAAUAGCGAAUGGUGGCGUCAUUUUGCGUUGAUCUCCAGCACUCUGAACGCCUGCUUGGACCCCAUCAUCUUUUACUUUUCCUCGGCUGCUGUUCGCAGUGCCAUACGCUCAUGUGUUAAUGGUCUAAAGAAGAAAAUUCACAUCGUAGAAUGCAGACGCUGCUGUUCUGCUGUCCCUUCCAAAACUGAAGCCUACAAGGAGACAAACCCACCUUUUGACCUGGGGUGAGAAUCGAGCUACAGAGAGUAUUUUAGUUUGUUUAGGCCUGAAGAAAAAAGUAUUGUUUGCAUGUCCAGUGAAGUUUAAAUUAAAUAAAUUUGAUGUCAGAAGACACAUUUUAUUCAGUAAGUUUUUUUUUUAAUGAUCAUUUGGAUUAAACUUGGAUUUAAAAAUAGAUUUAUUAAAGAGAAAUAAAGAUAUAUAAUUAAUGGAUAAAUUACACUUGUGUUGAUUUCCUUAAAGUGAUUUUUCUCUGUUUACACUGUAUGGAUAUACACAGAAAAGUACAUACUGUAAACUGUAUAGUAAUUAUUAUCAAAUUAUGUUAUUAGUCCACAUAAAGUGGUUUUCUCUAUGGUUGAAUGUCAUUAAAAAGACAUUAAAAGAGCAACUGAUAACCACAGUUUACACAGACUUCAGUGUAUUCAGCCUUUACACUCUUCUUUAAUGAUCGUGCAGUAUUUUGUAUGUAGAGGCCAUAAAUCUGCUGAUAACAAAUUUCUAAUCAAUAAUACUGAUGAUACAGAUGGUUUACACAGAAAAGUACAAAAAGACACAGUGAAGUCAAUAAAUCAUAUUUAUUAACAUAUUUAGUGUAAAACGACAUUACAAAUACAUAAAUAUUAAAUAAAACCAUAAAUAUAAUAAAAAUAGUAAAAAAUAUAUAUACAAAAUAUUCAUUGGUUUGGGAGACCUCUCUUCGGGUGAAACUUCAAGGGUUGCUGCGUGUUCAGCUCCCAUA